CUGCAAGCGCGCCCUGAAGCUAACACCACCUCCACCGUCAUGAUCAACAAUAAUCUAUCUGACAAAGAUACUACUCAAUUAAAUGUGAAUAUGGUAGAAGAUAUUAAGCAGCUGAUAUAG